GUCCUCUCAAAACCUCAGAGGAAGCAUGCUCUUCUCCAGCUGCCAUCGCUGCCAUCUUUGCUGUCGUUAUGACAACAUGUAGUUGCACGACAAACAAACGGCUGCUUUACGUUAGCCCUCGAUUCAAAAAGCUCAACUUUAUUAACACAUUUCUUCCUUUUUGCAGACAGUCUUUUCCUUCUGUAAACACAAGGUAGGCCUACACAAGAUAAACGAGGAAUUCCACAGUUUUGGGGCACAGAUGGACAAGGCCCUGUCCCCAUAUCUCUUUGUUCUUGAUGUUCGGACAGACAGGAAGUUUUGGUGUGAUGAUCUGAGUGUUCUGACAGAGCAGAGUGAUACGGAGACAGGAGUUCUGAGAUAUGGUCUGGCGCGUGCUCGACGCUGCUCCAGGCCUCGAGAGAGUGCCGCUGCGGUCGAGAUGACAGAUUGACGUCAUCGGGACUGACGCAGAGAGGCAGAGCAGCAGCAGCAUCCCAUCCACCAAACGGAUCCUCAUCAACCUCCCACCACCAGCGAGGUGUUUUCUCUCUGAGCAUCCUUCAAAAUAACGAGAUAAAGGUAAGAUGGCCACCCCCUCCUCCACUCUGGAAGAAGACGAGAGUUUGAAGGGCUGUGAAAUUUUCGUGCAGAAGCACAACAUCCAGCAGAUCCUCAAAGAGUGCAUUGUGAACCUCUGCAUUGCAAAGCCUGAGCGUCCUAUGAAGUUCCUGCGGGAGCAUUUUGAAAAGCUGGAGAAGGAAGAAUGCAAGCAGAUCAUGGCCCGCCAGAAGUCUAACAGCCAGUCCGACUCACAUGAUGAUGAGGUUUCUCCCCCACCACCCAACCCUGUUGUCAAGGCCAGGCGCCGCAGGGGAGGGGUCAGUGCCGAGGUCUACACUGAAGAGGAUGCUGUCAGUUACGUACGCAAGGUGAUCCCAAAGGACUACAAGACCAUGACGGCCUUGGCAAAAGCCAUCUCGAAGAAUGUGCUGUUCGCCCAUCUGGAUGACAAUGAGAGAAGUGACAUAUUUGACGCCAUGUUCCCAGUCACCCACAUUGCAGGAGAAACUGUCAUCCAGCAAGGCGAUGAAGGAGACAACUUCUACGUGAUUGACCAAGGUGAAGUGGACGUGUACGUGAACGGGGAGUGGGUGACUAGCAUUGGAGAAGGAGGCAGUUUUGGAGAACUGGCCCUGAUCUAUGGGACUCCAAGAGCUGCCACCGUUAAGGCCAAGACUGAUCUGAAGCUGUGGGGCAUCGACCGAGACAGCUAUCGACGCAUCCUUAUGGGGCAGCACUUGAGGAAGAGAAAGAUGUAUGAAGAGUUCCUCAGCAAAGUGUCCAUCCUUGAGUCUUUGGAUAAGUGGGAACGUCUAACUGUGGCUGAUGCUCUGGAGCCCGUUCAGUUUGAAGAUGGAGAGAAGAUAGUGGUGCAAGGAGAACCUGGUGAUGACUUCUUCAUUAUAACAGAGGGAAUAGCCUCUGUUCUGCAGCGCAGGUCUGACAAUGAGGAGUACGUGGAGGUUGGACGCCUCGGACCCUCUGAUUACUUUGGUGAAAUUGCCCUGCUGUUGAACCGUCCCAGGGCAGCCACCGUAGUUGCUCGCGGUCCGCUCAAGUGCGUGAAGCUGGACAGGCCCCGCUUUGAGCGUGUGCUGGGGCCAUGCUCAGAGAUCCUUAAAAGGAACAUCCAGAGAUACAACAGCUUCAUCUCCCUCACUGUGUGACCCGUUGGCCCCUAUCCGGGCCCCCACCAGCAGGGGUGGGCAGCAUCAGCAUCAGCAUCAGAGUUUUGGUCCAUGGGUGGGAUAGAGGUGAGGAUUCGGGGUAAAGGAUGUGGGUUUUACAUCCGUGAUGACAGGGCGCUCAUUUCCUGCCUUUUUUCCAUUUUUCGCAUUUCUUUUUUUCUUUGAUCUUGUGAACUUUGACUUGACCUGUGCUGUCACGUAGCUUUAUGUCGAAAACAACACGCAGGAGUGUAAAAAUGAGAGGGAGGAAAGCAAUGUUUCGACUGUAAAUGAGUCAUAAAUACAGUGUGUCAACUGUAUAUGAUGCAUGCUUCUAAUCUGACAAAACAGCGUUUGCACUUUCAUGUAUUUAUGAAGGGUAUGGAUGAAUUCAGGAAAUGACAAGGAAGUAAAGACAUGUUUACGUACAGCAGGGGGAAGUGAGCACUUAUUUCUUUGCUCUUUGCUUGUGCUUUAUUUGUUUAGUUUUUAUGCUGUGCGUGGUGCCAUUUGAAGGUCAACUCAGACCUGCACUACACAUAUCUCUAUUUUCUAAAACCUAGAUAUAGAGGUAUGAAUUGCAUUAUGUUCCUGGCUGCUUCUUUCAUUUUUGUGCUUUUAAUUGUACUUUUAUCUGUCGGGGUUGUUAGAAGAGAUGAUAUGUUGGGAUUUUACUCAGCGUGUGCCAGCCAGAUUAACUGACAAGUUGUUUUUUUUGUCCUCAAGAAAUCCUCUCUGUCCCAAUAUUUCCUGCAGCGGUUAAGUCUGAUCUGAGAGUUGUGGUAGUCCAAUGGGGCAGUAGUGUUAUCAGUACAGUGCACACACACAAGCAGAGUCUGAAACACACUGACACGACACACAACCAUUCUGUACGUGCUUACACUGUCUCAGGACCAUGUGACUCCUCGACACACAAACACUGACUCACACACAACUAUUACCUGAUGCUUUUUUAAGCUGGUUUUGUUUUAUGUUGAAACGUGUAUGAAAGCUUUUGCACCACUUUAGAGUUUGUAACUUUGGGUCAAACCAGAAGUUUGAUUCAGCUGUUUUAAGACAUGACUUAUAUAUUAUUAAUAUAUAGAAGACAGAGGUAGAAAUUAUUCAUGUGUUGCUUUCCUUUAAUCUAUUGUAACCUGUCAAAUUAGCACAAAUGACCCAGCAAAAGAAGUUGUAUUAAAUGGGAAGAAAAUAAUCUUUCUGUAUUCCGUAUCUCUUUCUUUCAACUAUCAAACCAUCUUGAGCAAAUAAAGAUAAGCUUCUGAAA